GCGCACAAGAGUGUAAUCUACAGUCGACGGCUCGGAUCGAAAUGUGAGGCAAACGACGGGGGAUUUCAAACAACAUUACCUAAAUUAGGGAACUGAUCAAAUGGCAGAGAAAACCAUGACCUGACCUGUAUCUGGGCUGGACUAUCUUGUCAUUAAUCAAGCCUAUUACAUUGUAUUUGCAAUAUGCAAUCCUAAAAAGAUCUGAGUUAGACAGUACCCAUCAUCAAGCCUAGAGAGAUGGUCCUUUCCGACAAGAGCUCCAGGACCUUUGGGCCCAAGAAAGCAUCCAGAAAAUGGGCCCUGCGGCCCCAGAGUCUCCCCUCCCCGGCCCUGUGCUGUGCCUGUGGCCUGGGGAUCAUGCUGGCGGGCAUCAACAUCACAUUGGUGGGGGCUUUCACUUUCAAAUCCUUCAUUCCCGCUAGCAACCCAUCCAUCGUCAUUGGGCCCCUGCUCCUACUUGUGGCUCUGUCCUUUUUCGGGGCGUGCUGCGUGUGUAGCCGGCGGCCCCCGGCCCACAAUACCCGUAAGGCCAAGAGGGGAGAGAGCUGGGGGCUGAUGCGGAUGGGGGCCGGCGCCACGUUUGAGAUGGAGACGAGCGAACACACGCUGCAGGACACCACCGCCGUGCAGCUCAGUCCCACCAACUCCCUGAGCUCCUCCCACAAGUCUAGUAACUCCACCCACAGGGACACCCCUGCAGUACGGGCCUGUGAGGAUGACCCUGCCUCCAGGGCCUGUGAGCUCGCCACCUCAGAGACCUAUAAUAUAGAUGUGACACCUGAUGACCAGGUCUUGACCUCUGAGGACCAGGCAUUGACCUCUGAGGACCAGGCAUUGACCGCUGAGGAUCAGGCAUUGACCGCUGAGGACCAGGCAUUGACCGCUGAGGACCAGGCAUUGACCGCUGAGGACCAGGCAUUGACCGCUGAGGACCAGGCAUUGACCUCUGAGGACCAGGCAUUGACCUCUGAUAUUGAAUAUAAGGAGAGCAUCCAGAUGAAGGCUAUACACAAGCCUUGCCCAACGUAGCAGGGCUGUGUCUCCUGGCUAUUACAUAAACUGGUGGUGUAUACUCCACUGGUACUAUAUAACGUUUUUUCCCCUCAUCAAUCUACACACAAUACCCCAUAAUG